AUGGACCACCAGUCCCAUCCCGACAAUGGCUACGACAUCAACAAGGCUCAUGACGGCAACGGCAACGCCGAAGCUAGCGGGAGCAUCGCCCCGCCCACCCUCGAGAUCCAUAUUAGACGUGCAUUAAAGGGCGCGCAGGCUCUCCAAGAGGAGCUCGCGACGCUGCAGAAGCGCAAUGGCGCACUGCAGCGCAGGCUAGACGUGCUCGAGCAGGACGGCCAGGUUGAUGUGCAGCCCCGGAGGGGCCGCGGAGCUCGGCCGACUGUGAGCGGGCUGCAGGUGCAGGUGCAAGAGCUCAAGGAUCAGAUAAAGAAGCUGGAGAAGGACAAGAAGAAGGACAAGCGGAAGAUCGAGAAGCUUAAACUCAAGGAAGUGAAAGAGGACGCGGUCGAUCUGCAGGAAGCCGCAUUCGAGGUCGGCGACACCGCCUACCGCAUGCGCAAGCUCUUACGGCGCUUCCACGACCUCAUGCUCAGCCCCUCGCUCGAAGAGGGAGAGGAGUGCCCUGUGUGCAUGGAAUCGCUCGUCCCCACCAAAUGCGCAAGCCUCCCCUGCGACCACACCUUCUGCGCCGACUGCAUCCAGCAGCUCUCCCCCGGCAAAGAUGACCUCACGUGCCCGCAGUGCCGCAAAGUCUGGCCUCGCGACGAGCCCGAGGCUAUACAGUAUACCGCGUCACAGCAAUGGGACGCGCUUCUCGACGUCGCGAAGGACUGGGCGUGCAUGGAUCACCGCCGCGAGGAUGACACCAGUGAGGAGGAGGCCGAGGAGGAGUUCAUUGACGAUGGGAUACCCGACGCGACAUCCUCCGAGGUGUCGGCGCCCCACGACCAGGACCCUCUCGCAACGUCUCCAGAGCCAGAAGUAGAGCCUAAGCCGCAAGAACUGGAUUUUGAACCCGGGGUGCGCGCAUCUCCUAAAAGGCGGCGUGCCGUCACGCUCGAGUCGUCCCCGGAGCCUGACGAUGCUGUCGCACCGGAGGCCAUCGCUGCGGUUCCUGAAACCCAACAUAACGGUACUACAUUGAAUGAUGCAAGUACCUCGAAUGACGCAGGCGCCUCGAAACAGGAAAGACCUGCAACCCCUCCGAACGUUGCAACCCCCCUGUAUGCGCAAAGCCCGAACUCAGAGAAGAGGAAACGCAUGGAGGACUUAGCCGCCAGGCGAAGUUCAAAGCGGUCACGGUAUUAG